AGCUACAAUUCUGCACAGCAAUGAAGAUACCAAGUACAGCGAGCAUCGGGCUGGACCUGGGCGCAGGCAAGUGUUGUGUUGCCAGCGUACGCGCUGGAGCGGUGACGGUGUUGCCAAACGCUCAUGGCGACAAGACCACUCCGAGUUUUGUUGCCUUCACAGACUCCCGCAGCCUCGUGGGCAGCGAUGCCAGGGACCAGGCGGCGCUCAACGCCACCAACACCGUCUAUGGCGUCAAGACCGUCCUCGGCAGGAGAUUUAAUAAGAAUCAGAAAAAAGAGUCGUUAUAUUCAAAUUGUGAUAACCAAAAACCGCCGAAGCUAAGUCGUCUGGAUGAUGCAGUCAGCCGUGCCUUGCUACCUUAUCUUCAUGUAUUUCCAACAACCGAGGACGGGUCGCCUGUCUUUAAAGUCAAGUACAGGAAUGAAAAUAAAGGACUACGCCUUGAGGAAAUAACGGCUCUGCUGAUCUCUAAAAUGAAGUCUGGAGCAGAAGAUCACUUCGGAAGUACGGUCACAAACGCCGUCAUUUCAGUGCCUGUAAAUUUCAGCAACGCACAGCGACAUGCCACUCUUGAUGCCGCCUGCAUCGCCGGCCUCAAGGAAGUCACACUGGUCAAUUCGACCACAGCCGCUGCCACAGCUUACUGGGAUCAGCACCCCAGAAAAGAAGAUUGCAUUGCUGUUAUCGAUUUUGGUGCAAGUUCUCUUAGCCUCGCUGUUAUUAAUCUGAAUGAUGGAGUAGUGAAAGUUCAAGCAGCCAUUGGUGAUUCAACGAUUGGUGGAAACUUCAUAGACGUGUGCGUGGUGAAUGCUGUUAUCAAAAGGUUUGAAGACAAGCACAAGCAAACUUUCAUAGAGUCUCCUAGAGCUUUUCUGAGGUUAAGGUCGGCCGCAGAGAAGUUGAAACACAACCUGACACUUCUAACCGCAUCUGUACUGCAAAUUGACUCAAUGUCAGACAACAUCGACUUCACCUGUCCCUUUACGAGGAAAGAAAUGGAAGACGCGUGCCGGGACCAGUUUGCAAAUCUCAGUAAUGCAUUGCAUCGAUUGGUCCAGUCCGAUGGUUGGCAAAAUGUUAGAACAGUUGUGUUAGUGGGAGGCUCAACGCGUAUUCCUGCCGUAGAACGGCUGAUUGCUAAAACAUUAGGAAAACCUCUGGAUCACUCGCUUAACAAGGACGAAGCAGUUGCCUGUGGCGCUGCCCUCCGAGCUGCCGAGUUGUGCUGCUCAACGCCACGCGAAGUGGAAGAGGUGUUGUCCAGGUGCGUCUGGUACAAGGAAGGUUCGAAAUCAAAAGAAAUAAUUAAUUUUGGAGUACGCAUUCCUGGAAAUUUCAGUCUACAAACGUCAAAUGAUAUCUGGAAGAUCCUAACGACUACUGGUAUAAAUGUGUAUGAAAAUGUGCCAGUGUGUGUUGGUGAAGGGUAUGAUACCUUCAAACUGAAAAGAAUACGAUCAAAACAGAUAGGUCUGUCCCCGAAAUCAGGUCAAAUUUUAUUUAAGGUCGAUGAAAGCGGAGUUUUUCACAUUGAACUUAUAUCUAAUCAAGACGCAAGAGGAGUACCGACUCUGGGUCUGUCAUCUGACACAAAAGGCAUGCAAGCUUGCAUGAAUCGUCAUAAAAUCUUUCUAGAAGACGAGAGGAAAUUGAAAGAGGAUGAAAAUGCCAUGAACGAUCUUGAAACUUUCUGCAUCGAACAACGGAAAAUGCUUGAAGAUAAGUCCGGCAGUGAUUCUGCUACAUUAAAGUUGUGUGAAUCAAUUCUCUUGUGGCUUGAAAACACACCGAAGGCGACAGCACAAAAUUGUGCCCAGAAAAAAUUUGAAUUGGAGAAAAAUAUUCGUGGUGAAAUUAACGACGUGGCGCAACUACCAGCUCCCAAUGAUGACGAGCUAAGUCAGUGUGGUACACUUGCUUGUACCAACGUCCGACCGAAUGAUCAGCCAUUGGGUCAAAGUAUCACCGAGUUUCUGGAGGUGAAAACAGUUACUCGUUACAGUGCCCCGCAUACCGAGCCUGCUCAUGUUCCUAGACAUAUCCAGGCCCCUUUGUCUAAAUACCCCCGCGAUCAAUCGAAAACAAAAGAUAAACAGUUUAGGGAAAAAAGUAAACCCUCUUCUAUAUAUAGGCAGGGCAGGUGUACUACACUCAACUCAGUUCACCAUCGUAAGGAGAUGAGUGAUGAUGAGAGUGAUACUGACACCUCGCAUAAUAAGAAGAAACUUGGUUUGAGGGACCAUAUCGCUCUUUUUUUCUUCUUGGUGAUGUGGAUACCCCGAUGGCUCCUGAAAAAGCUCCGCAUUUGUGCCUGGGUUAAGACUUUAUUGCAUUUUUUCUUCCGUUUGAUAUCUGGUCCGAUUCGUAUUCUUUUUAACCGUAAAUGAAUUAACUCGAAUUGCCCCAUUUAAUUUCAGUGCUAAAAGGAUCAAAUACCGGCAUCAUUGUCUUCUCCAAAUGCGAGAGAAAAAUGCAUUUCUUACAAUUAUUAUUUCAACUAAUCAUGAGCAGAGUUAAUGCACUUCAUUUUUUCUAUUAUGUAUAAGAUUCCGCGUUCAUGUGUUCUGUUGUUUAUGACGUGAUAAUCCUUUUAGCAAGGAAUCACUGCAGUUUUAGCAGGACAGUAACCUCCAUUUCUGAAGAUUUUUUUCUUGAAUUUCAGUAGGUUGUGGCAAAGAAAUGACCUAAACAAAUGUACAUAGUUAUUAUUAUCUUCAUUUUAACAGUUCAUGUUCAUCGUUAUCUAAUCCAUUUUUUAUUUAUUCCAGCCUUAUAUACAAACCAUGCAAAAUAUUGUGAACUACUGCAGAACGACAAGAUUAACGAUAUAAUUUAUUAGAAUAAGAAAUUUAUUUCAGACGUGUGGGGACUUAAUUAUUGCAGGUAGCUUGUCUUGGCACGACGAAGAUUCAGCUUGUAGAUUUCUGUAAAUUUCUGAAUGUUUAUUUACUUGAGCAUGCUAAUAAAAAUCAUAUUAUUUAAAUUUAGGGUUAAAUUACA